GGCGCUGGCAGCCGGAGGUGACGCGCUCCCGGGGCGGGGCCCAGUGACGCACCGGGGGCACCGACGGCAGAGGCAGGAUCGGUGGGAUCAGCGUGAUCGGCAUGGGGAAGCAGAAGAAGGCGCGGAAGUACGCGGUGAUGAAGCGCAUGAUCAGCCUCCGGGAUGAGCGCAUUAAAGAGAAGGACCGGGCGAAAGCCCCCGUGAAGAAGAAAGAGGACCCGAGCGCCAUCAAAGAGCGGGAAGUGCCCCAGCAUCCCUCUUGCUUGUUCUUCCAGUAUAAUACACAGCUGGGCCCCCCUUACCACAUCCUGGUUGACACUAACUUCAUCAACUUCUCCAUCAAGGCCAAGCUGGACCUAGUGCAGUCAAUGAUGGACUGUCUCUAUGCCAAGUGUAUUCCAUGUAUCACAGACUGUGUAAUGGGUGAAAUUGAAAAGUUAGGACAGAAGUACCGUGUGGCGUUAAGAAUUGCCAAGGACCCUCGGUUUGAACGCUUGCCAUGUAUGCACAAAGGAACCUACGCAGAUGACUGCUUGGUACAGAGGGUCACUCAGCACAAAUGUUACAUUGUGGCCACCGUAGAUAAAGAGCUCAAGCGGAGAAUACGAAAAAUCCCUGGAGUGCCUAUAAUGUAUAUUUCCAGGCACAGGUACAACAUUGAAAGGAUGCCGGAUGAUUAUGGAGCUCCUCGAUUCUAACCUGUCCAGCCAAGCCAUCGAUCCCAGGACUCUGAGCCAGGAUAAGGGUCCUUCCGAUUCCAACCCUCCUGCUUUCUCUUUUACUCAUAGGACCAUGGGUGACACUGAACUGACUUCUUAGCCUUGAUUUUCUAAGAAGAAGGUAUUUUGAAGAGUCUGGUUUUAUUCAUCCUUGUUCUGACUUGGUCUGAUUACCUAUAGCUGAGAGAAGCGUAUGGGAAACAGAGGGUGGCAGUGCCCAGAACAUGCCUACCUCUGUCUUCAUUGGGAUCAUUGGAAAAAGUGAUUUCAGCAUUCUGAAUUAAAUACUGAUGAUGCAA